UUGGACAAGCCACUGCACAGCAGAUACACGAGAGAAGGGAAGGAGGCGAUGGCGACCAUGGCCGGGCGCUACUGCUGCAGCUACAGCUCGCCCUCUGCCUCUGCGCCGCCGCCCCAUCGGCAGCGCGGGCCUCCGCUGCAGCCGCGACCCACGGGAGGACGGGGAAGGGGACUCCGGCGGCCGAGCCUACGGGCGGUCGCGUCGGCGGCGGCGGAGCCCGUGAAGGCUGCCACCGACGCCGAGUUCUUCCAGCCCGCCGACUCGAGGCCCAUCAUGCUCUUCGACGGCGUGUGCAACCUCUGCAACGGCGGCGUCCGGUUCGUGCGGGAGCACGACCCCGGCCGGAGCAUCAGGUACAUCCCCCUCCAGAGCGACUCCGGGAGGAAGCUCCUGCGCAGGUCCGGCAGAAGCCCCGACGACAUCUCCAGCGUCGUCCUCGUCGAGAAGGACAGGUCAUACAUCAAGUCUGACGCCGUGCUGAGGAUAAUGGAGUACCUGAACCUGCCGUUCCCGCAGCUCGCCGCGUUCCUCAAAAUUGCCCCUUUGUAAGCUCAAUUCACACACACACACUGCAUGCUUUCAAUUGAACCACUGCAAUUGCAAACUACUAAUUCGUGGCGAUGCCAUGGCUCGCCUACGACAACGUCGCGAACAACCGGUAUGUGGUUUUCGGCCGGUCACAGACAGAAUCAUGCGAGAUACUCUGAAUUGCUGCCAUAGAUAGCACCUCGGUGCUCCUGCUUAUAUUAUAGAUAGAGGAAUGGACAUAUUGCGAAGUUGUAGGCAUGACAGAUAUGAGAUGGCAUGAACCGCCAUCAUUACUACCAAUCCAAUCUUAGCA